AUGCACUAUUCGCGUUUCGUUGGCCCUUUCUUGCUCGCCUGCGUGGUCGUGCCUGGGACGCCACAGGGCAUGAAUGUCACUGUUCCCGCUCCUCAGCCAGCUCCCGCGCCCACCGACUCCCCUUCUAACACUUCUACAGCACUGCAAGUAUAUACGAUAUCUGCAAACAAUAUCACGGCAUCGUUUAUUCCGUAUGGCGCCCGCCUGGUUUCGUUGCUCGUUCCCGAUCGAUCUGGCCAGCAGCAAGAUGUCGUGGUCGGCUUUGACAAUCCGGAACAAUAUGUUGAAAAUGUCGCGUCUAACAAUGCCUAUCUUGGGCCUAUCGUUGGACGAUAUGCAAACAGAAUAAAAAAUAGCACAUUCAUCUUGGAUGGCGUUGAGUAUAAAGUCCCCUCGAACGAGUUCAACGAUACCCAAACGCUGCAUGGCGGCCCCGUUGGUUAUGAUCAGCGGAACUGGACUGUCACUAACCAUACCGAGGACUCCAUAACUUUUGCUCUCUUUGAUCCCGGAUUUGAAAAUUUCCCAGGGAAAGUGGUGAACCUGGCUGCUUAUACAGUCUCUUCUUCGUGGAGUCCCGACAACGCAAGCUUCGAAACCAAGCUGACCACGAGGACGGUAUCCAUUGCGCAGUCAGACAGGACGCCUAUCAUGCUGGCUAACCACAUCUACUGGAAUUUGAACGCCUUUAAGGAGCCAAAUAUUUUGAACGAUACAUUCCUCCAACUACCCCUUUCUGACCGAUAUAUAUCCACGGACUCCCACUUGAUUCCAACGGGACAAAUAGCAGAUGUUAAAACUUCGUUCGAUGGAGCCCUUGACUUCACAUCCCCCAAGCUGAUCGGCCAAGAUAUCCAAUCAACCACUGGCCUCUGCGGUGACAACUGCACCGGCUACGAUACAUGCUUCAUCAUCGAUCGGCCAACGAACAUUUCUGACUGGACGUCGUCCCCCAAAACCAUGGUCCCAGCUCUAAACAUGUUUUCCACUACCACUGGUAUCUCCAUGCUCGUCAGCACCAAUCAACACGCCGUCCAGAUCUACACCUGCAGCGGUCAGAAUGGGACCUUACCGGUGAAACAGUCGCAAGUUGACCACAAUAAUCAGCAGAAUACUGGAAAUACAACUCACCCGGUCGACACUGUGCAGAAAUAUGGCUGUAUCGUUAUUGAGCCGGAAGGCUGGAUCGACGGAGUUAAUAAUCCACAGUGGGGCCAGUUGCAAUAUCAAAUAUUUGGGCCUGACACCCCGCCAGCAGUCAAUUGGGCUACCUACGUCUUUGGAAGAGUGUAA